UUAAAAACACCGGAUUCAGUGACAAAAUAACGCAAAGGAAGAAGUUCGUUACUCAGUUUUGUUUUGGGGUCCUGGUUUGAUAUCAACGCGAAUCAACGAUAUCAACAUGACGGAUAGACUCAGAACCAGGAGGAUCUCCAGGGUGGAGAACAUGAAAGUGCCUGCCCACAAACCAAAAGCUUGGUUUGGAUGCAGGCACGUGCAGAUUCUUCUCAUGACUCUAGGAUUUUUCACUUGUUACGCGGUCAGAGUCGCCCUGUCCAUCUCACUGGUGGCUAUGACCAACUCUAAACAUGCGAAUCCAGAUUUUUUAGAAUUUAAUUGGGACGACGGGAUCCAGAACACGAUCCUCAGUUCCUUCUUCUGGGGUUACGUGAUAACCCACAUACCGGGCGGUGCUCUAGCUCAAAAAUUCGGAGCACAGAAAUUAUUUGCCUUCGCAGUAGGUCUCUGCGGACUUGUUACGAUAUUUAUUCCUACCGCAGCUACGUACGGAGGAUGGCAGGCUGUUAUUGUUCUGAGAAUUCUCACCGGAUGUUGUCAGGGUGUAGUACCCCCGUGUAUACAUACUCUAUUAUCAAAAUGGGUACCUUUGGAGGAGAGAGGAAGAGCAGGCAGUUGCACGUACUCCGGCGGUUGGCUAGGGAACGUGAUAGCCCUGUUAACCUGUGGAGAACUAUCCAAAUCAAUCUUAGGCUGGCCAGGGAGUUUCUACACUUGGGGUGGAAUAGCCAUCCUCUGGGCUGUCCUCUUCCUCAUCUUCGGAAAAGAUUCUCCCUCUGAUCACAAUAAAAUUCCCCUGGAUGAGAGAGAGUACAUUGAAGUGAGCUUGGGAGUCACAGAAACCGUCGAGACAUUGAAAACACCUUGGCUAUCGAUCAUGACCUCGAUUCCUGUCUGGGCACUGCUGAUUGCCCAGUGCUCGCAAGCCUGGGGUUUCUGGAUGCUCCUCACCAAGACCCCAGCGUAUAUGGACAACGCGUUGCAUUAUAAAAUCGACGAGAAUGGCCGAGUAUCAGCGCUACCAUACCUGGCAGCAUGGCUACUGGGUUUCCCCAUAAGUUACGCAUCUGACAGGCUCGUUAAAGCCGGCUAUGUGUCCCUAGUCACCAUGAGAAAGAUAGCAAAUACGAUUGGUGAAUUUAUUCCAGCAGCAGCAUUAAUUGGACUCGGUUACGUUGACAGUGAGCAUCGUGAAAUUGCGGUCGGUGUCCUUGUCACAGCCGUGGGAUUCAAUGUUGCUGUGUUUAGUGGCCAUCAGAUGAAUCACAUGGAUCUAAGUCCAAAUUUUGCCGGUAUACUCAUGGGAAUUACUAAUGCUGCAGCUAAUAUUUGUGGAAUUGCUGCACCACUCAUUUGUGGACUCAUUGUUACUGACACCAGUGAUGUCCACCAAUGGAGAAAAGUCUAUUUCUUAUCAGCUGGAAUUUACAUAAUAGGAAAUUUAGCAUUCGUGCUGUUCGGAAAAGCAACUGUACAACAAUGGAAUGACACAACAACACACAUUGAGGAUCACGAAAUCUCGACAAUCCCAGAGGGGCCAAAAGAUAUCGACGAGAAGAGGAUUGAAGAAAAGAGUGAAAUUAUACAGUAAUUCUUCACCUCAUUUCCUACAUUGGGAAAUUACGGUUUUUAUCCAGGAAACAUUUGAGAAAAUAUUUCUCAGAUCAAUUUGCAUCUCAGAUUAUCAUAAUGUAGCUAUUUAAUAUUUAUUAUGUACAUAAAUUAAGUUCCAAAUCCAUAAAAAAUGAUAGGUUUGGAAUUAUUUGAAGUUUUAUUUGAAUAUGACACCCACUUUAGUCCAUUUUUCUUCGUCUACUUGACUUCGAUUUCCAAAGGGUUUUCAGGAUCCAUAUUGUGCCAACUGAGGUCACGAAUAAUGUGAUACAAGUGACAAAAUGCCUCUGGGAUAAAUCUCCAACUGGGACUUUCCAUUCGUAACUUUUGGUUUUCUGGAAAAAAAAUCAAAAUUAUAGAAAUUAUCCUUGAAAAUCUGUGUAGAGGUAUCCCUCAUUCAGAAUAUUUCCAUUCAAAUAUUUAUGCAUUUAUUCACAAGCAU